GUUAACGCGUCUCGGUUCGAGCUGCUGUUGUAUAUUGUGCUGUUUUGAAGCUUUCAAAACAUUUUCAGGGCAUUUAUUUCUGAAAAUGUCGAAGAAAUUGAUUAAAUUUCAAAUCAUCCUCGAUCGGGAUUCACUAUUGUACCUUCCCGGACAGGUGCUGUCUGGUCGAGUACUGCUCGAGACACAGGAAAACACAGCUGUUAUGGGACUCUACUUUCAUGUGCUAGGUGAGUGCACGGUGCAUUUUGCGAAAGGUGCCCGUCCUGAUAAAUCGUACGAUAAAGAAAGCUACAUUGACUUCCGAAUGAAGUUGCUGGAUGAUUUCGAGCACAAACCAAUUCUUUUGUCACCCGGUGUACAUUGUUUUCCCUUCAAAUUGGGACUUCCGGUUUCUCUGCCAUCGACCUUCCUGGGGAAGCAUGGUUGGAUCCAAUACUAUUGCAAAGCCAGCCUGCAGGAAACAUCCGGAAUAGCGCACAAAAAUCAGCAAGUGUUUAUCGUCCUCAACCCGAUCGAUUUGAAUCUGGAAGAACCCAUGUUGAGUGACCCAGUGGAGGCUAGCGUCAGCCAUCGGGUAGGCGUCGGAUAUCUCGGAGGAACAAUCCGAUGCAAUGUCGGACUAGAUAAGCGAGCGUAUGUACCAGGAGAAAAUAUUCUACUUACUGGUGAAAUUUACAACAAGAGCAACGUGGCGAUAAAGUCAUUAAAAUACGCUUUAAUUGAAACAAUUCAGUACUUUGCACACGGAAAGCUGCUGCAGCAAGAGAGACGAGAGCUGGCCGCAGUCAUACGUGAUCGAAUCAAAUCAGGCAGCAGAGAUGUGCUCCAGAAUGGACAUCUUACGGUUCCUCCGCUCCCACCCACCAAUCUAGUUGGGUGCCGUUUAAUUAGAAUACAAUACAGCGUUUGUAUCCUCAUCGAGCCCAACAUGAUGGAGCGACAGGUCACCCUACGAGUUCCCAUUACACUCGGGACAUAUCCGUUCAAGCGAGAUGAUGCCAACCUCCAGGAAUGGGUGGAAAAUUACGUUCGUUAUCCGGCCACUCUGCCUGUUUCACGUGCGGCACUUCUCUUCGCUGAAAGUGGAUAGAGUAGUAUAGUUUUCAUAACCAUGAUUUACCAAGAAAGCGAAGCAUAAUCGCAACCGAAGCUGUUAACAAGAAAAACGAUAGCUUAUUUACGCCAGCCAAUUUCAUUUCCAAGGAACUAACGCUUGAAAUUGUGACACAAUGAUAAUUGAGAAUAUUAACUUAGAGUAUUCAAAACAUAUGGUAGAGUGAAACAAUAUAAAUGCAGUCAAAAUAUAUAUACAGUUCC